CCUGCAAAUUUUUUUUAGAAAUUAUCGACCGCCAUUCUCGACCGCCGUUCUUGUUGGCCAUGUCAAUAUAUAUACCGGGUGUGUCGAUCCACUCAGAUACCAGAUACACAUAUGUAUACCAAGAGACAAAAUGCAACUGAUUUUCAUUAUCGGAUAUCUCGUUUCACAAAGUAGUGCAACCACCCCCAUCACUGCCAAAGUCACUUUACACACCUCCACCGUCACUUGGAAUGAAGCCCACAGUUUCUGUCAGUCCGUCAACCAAUCACUGCUGACCGCCGACACACAAGAGAGACGGGAUGCAUUACUCUACUUCUUCCACAAAGAGCCGUGGCAAUCCGUAAAGGAUCUCCGGUUUUGGACAGGUCUUCACGCUACGAUUCCGGACACUGGGUCUACUCUCAAAUGGGCAAGUUCAUGCCAGCAGCCGACAAUGGCAGUUUCGGGUUUAAGUGUUUCUUCUAGUCACCGAUAUUGUGGAUAUAUCAGUUUGGAGAAUACCCGUGAGAUAAAGUUUGGGACAUCAGACUGUGUUCUGUCAAAGAAAAAGUUUCUUUGCCAGGAGCUUCAAAACCAUUGUUUAUAUGACGUCAUACCAAGGGCGUUUGGUAAUAUCGUGGCAUCACACCACUUGACAAACGGUAGUGUUUCCGAAUGCCAGAGCGAGUGUGAGAGAUUUGUCUCAAACAAUGGCCACCGAUGCUUGGGUUUUAAUUUCAAUGACGUCACACAGACAUGUGGACUGAUGACGGGGGAGAACCUGUUCCGGUUGGAUAAACACCAUCGACCGUCGCCUGUUCACCGUUUAUUUAUUAGACGCUGUGAAAUCCAGGCAAAUCUGCAGACAUCGGGAACAGAGGCCCGUCAGGAUUUCUCCUGUUCCCUGCGUCCGGUCAGUCGGUGUGUUGACGUCCGACGAUUUUGUAAUAAUGCACACGGAAAGCUGGAAACAGAUUCUGAGAGAUGUGAAUGCAGGCUACAGAAAGUGACACAGACGAUCAAUCUGACGGAGAAAAUAGAAAAGAUUGUAGAGAAUAUACGAAUUCCACCCAAAAACACGUCCAUUGCCAUCAGACAGAAAAUCUCCGUCACAGACUCACGCAUUAGCUCAUGUGGUAUCGGAAUCGUUGCCAUAACAAUCAUGUCCGCCAUCUUUGGUGGAAUUGUCAUGAUGGAUUUGAAUACCGUUAGACUGCAUUUGACUGGACACUUAAAUGGCAAGUACCCAAAAAGGUUGCGUAUUUAAUGUAAAUCAAUAUUAUAGUCAUGUGUUACAAAUUUACGAAGCGGCAUUAAAUUUUGCAAGUCUUUAUCGUUGUUUUUAUAUUUCAAUCGGGAAAAGCUUCAUAACUUAAAGGGACUUAGACACGAUUUGAGAUCAAAAAUUUUAUUUUUAUUUUUUAUGUAUAAAAUGGUUUACUGAUGUAUUUUAAAUGAUUGACCAAAAUAUUGAAUGUUAAAGUCAAUUUACAAGCGAGAUACAGAGGUAAGAAUUGAUUGUUAUGUAAACAAAGCUCGAGUCUUAUAGUUGUUUACAAAAAAUGUAAUGUUGAGAAUUACCAUUUCUUAGACAAAAUGAUUUUUAAAAAACAAUUUAAACUAUAAUUCAUUAUCUUCAUAAAUACUAUUAUCAACAAAAGAAAGAUACAUUUGAUUGAAACUUUCACCAAUACAACACAUAUGUAAAAAAUGACAAUAUUCGAGUUUUGUUUACAAAACAAAGAAUUAGGAACUCUGUAUCUUGCUUAAUACUUGACAUUUCACUUUCAAAUUUUGACAAAGCAUUAUAAACUUAUAUAUUUAUCAAUAUAAACAUUGAAAAUGGAAAAAUAAUAUUUGAAAAUUUUAAGUCAAAUCGUGUCCAAGUCCCUUUAAAAUCUAGUAAUUAAAAAUAAUAAUUCUUAAUUUUUUUAAAAUAAAUUCAUAAUGUAAAUAAAAAGAAGAACCAAAGCUAAAUCCUUGAAACAACAACGCCCGUUCAAUAAGAAAUAUCAUAGUUUAUUCGGCCCCAGGAAAAUAAAUAACGGCUAUGCCAGGU